AUGGCUACCUGCCUGGUGCGGGUGGCGCAGAAGGCUCUCCGCAGCUCGCUGCAGCUGCCGCUUGUGCCAGCAGCCAGCAGGCACCACCCCCGUACCUCGGCUAUGGCAUACCUGGGUCGAGUGCUGCCAAAGGCCUUCCGGGCGCUCGCUGCUUCUAGCCGUACUGUGCUGCCGCUGUGCAGGCCGUUCAGCUACGCGCUUUACCAGGAGCAGAAGGCUUUGGCUGAGCCAGCUGCAGUUGCCAUGGCCAAGGCUGUCCGACCACCAAGAAACAUUUCGCUUGUGGUCGGGGAAGCGCACUCAGCUACGGAGCAACGCACUGAUGCAAGCAGGGUGGCGCUGUGCCUCUGCGGACGGGUGAAGCCGACCUUUGGAUGGCCACAGGAUGCGCAGCCCUCCUGCUGCAGCAAAUGCAGGUCUGAGGGGAUGCUCAAGCUGAGGGGUCCCAGAUGCCGAUGUGGUGUGGCAAGGCCAGUGUUUGGGAAGAUAGGUGAUGAGCGGCCCACUUGUUGCAGCAAGUGUAAAGCGGAAGGUAUGGUUGACCUCGAAAGUCCAAAGUGUUUGUGUGGCAGAGCUUCGCCUUCUUUCGGCCUUGUUAAUGACGAAAGAGCCUCAUGCUGCAGCAAAUGCAAAUCUGACGCCAUGGUGAACAUAGUAAGUCGACGGUGCAUGUGCGGCAAAGCUGUUCCUUCAUUCGGCUUCACUGAAGACACGAAGCCCUUGUGCUGCAAGAAGUGCAAAGAGGAAGGCAUGGUGAACCUCAGAAGUGGAAAGUGCAAGUGCGGCAAAGCUCGGUCUAGUUUCGGUUUCAUCGCAGAAAGUCGGCCCUCGCGAUGCAAGGAGUGCAAGGAGAAAGGCAUGGUUGACAUUGUGACUCGAAAGUGCAAUUGUGGCAAAGCUGCCCCUUCUUUUGGCUUUUUUGGGGAUGCAAGGCCCUCUUGUUGCAGCAAGUGUAGAACUGAAGGCAUGGUGGAUAUCAAACACCGGAGAUGCAAGUGUGGCAAUUCCCACCCUUCUUUUGGCUUUGUGGAUGAUGAGCGGGCGACCGCUUGCAGGCGGUGCAAAACUGAUAGAAUGGUUGACAUUGUGAACCCAAGGUGCCACAGCUGCGGCAAGUUAGCCGCCUACCCAGAUGCAGCUGGCCGGCCGCGACAGCUUUGUGCAGUGCACUCUGCUGAAGUGGGAGCGCACACGCUGUCCUCCCCAGGUAGAUCACGCAUCGCCAGCGAGUUUCUAGACGCCUUGGAGAUACAUAUUGGACGUCAGUUCCCCUUCCGCCACAGAUUUGACGCUGCGACCGGCCAAUGGUCAGGUGAAGAGUUUGCUGGGCUCGUGGCAAAUCGUAAUCUGGUACCCGAUGCGUACGAUCCAGAGGCACGCAUUCUGGUCGAGUUGUUGGGCAACUUUUACCAUGGCUUCCCACCAGAGCAUUCACAGCAUGCCAGCUUUACAUGGGCGGCAGACCAGCAUCGGAAGUUUAUGCAGAGACCAUGGUGA